AUGUCCAAAAGAGGUCUCCCCGUGGAGGUCAUCAAAACACCGGAGUCCAUCUUGGAGCAAGUGAAGAAGCUGGAACAGAGUGACCCGAGGGACUGGCCGCAGAACAACGAAGACGGAGAGGCCACUCUAAUAUCUGGAGCGGUGAACUAUGAGCACAUUUCAGAGCACAGGGACAAGGAGGGCAGAUAUGUGAUGAUUACAGGGAAAAGUACUGGGAAGGUUCUCUUACAGACUGAAUGUGUUCAUCCCACCGGGCACUGA